AUGAAACAGGACUUCUUGCAGGCAGUUGCGGACAAAGGGCUGCAGCUGUAUGCCAAGCAGCAGGAGGCAAUUGAUGCAGUCUUUGGGAGUUCGCACGUUGUGCUGAGCACCCCGACUGGCAGCGGAAAGUCAUUGGUUGCAGCGGCCAUGCUGUUCCGAGCAAUUGCCGAGGGCAGAAGGGCUUAUUAUACCUGUCCGGUUAAAGCCUUGGUUAGCGAAAAGUUUUUUUCCUUGUGCCAUGACUUUGGCCCAGAAAUGAUUGGCAUGGCAACAGGUGAUGUCUCAAUCAAUCCUACCGCCAGAGCAAUCUGCUGCACAGCUGAAGUUCUAGCUAAUGUCGCAUUGCGAGAAGGCCCUGCCGCUUCCCUCAGCUAUGCUGUCAUGGAUGAAUUCCACUUCUUCGAUGACAAGAGCCGCGGGUAUGCAUGGGAAAUACCCCUCUUCAGGCUUCCGCACGUUACUUUCCUGCUCAUGUCCGCCACAAUGGGCGAUAACCAGGCAUUGAACUCCACAGUUUCAGCAUAUUCCGGUAGAGGAGUGCAGACAAUCACGUCUUCAGAUCGUCCGGUACCCCUGGACUGGUGUUAUCCUUUCGUAACAGCAAAGGAUGCCAUCGAUGAUCUCGUCACCUCAGGACGCACGCCUGUCUACGCUGUCUGCUUCACUCAACAAGAUGCUGCGUCGCUAGCACAGUCAUUGAUCUGCAAAGAACUUGCGCCGAGCGAGCAGGAGAAGCAAACACUAGCUGAUGAGUGCAAAGAUGUUGAAUUUGAUACCCCAUAUGGUGACAGACUGCGGCAAAUCCUCAUAAAUGGCAUAGGCCUGCACCAUGCAGGAUUGCUGCCAAAGUACCGCCGACUAGUAGAGCGACUGGCUCAAGCAGGAUUGCUCACCUGCAUAUGCGGUACGGACACUCUGGGGGUGGGAAUCAACGUGCCAAUCCGCAGUGUGCUGUUUACCCAGUUAUGUAAAUUCAAUGGUGAGACGACCGUUCUCGUGACCCCUCGGCAGUUUCAUCAGAUUGCGGGAAGGGCUGGAAGACGAGGGUACGACACCCAAGGCAGCGUCGUUGCAGUGCCACCUGCGCAUGAGGUAUACAAUAGCAAAUUAAAGGAGCAAAUUAAGGCAGCCGACACCAAAAAGGAGCGGGAGAAGCUGAAGAAGCGACAGAGGUUUCCAAAGUUCAAUUACGUCGAAUGGGACGAGCAAACGUUUACCAAAUUGCGUACGGCAUCCCCGGAGCCUCUGCGGUCUCGAUUCCAGCUGAGCCAGGGUCACGUGCUGAGCUUGCUACAAGGUGCACAGGAGCAUGGUCGGGAUGGGCAGGCUGAAUUGGACGAGCUGAUUGCGUUAUCUCUGUGUGGGAAGAAGGAGAAGCAGCAUUGGACACAGCAAGUGGGUCAGUACAUCGAAGCGCUGUCAAGCGCCGGGCUGAUAGAGAGGCACGGAGAACUGCAAGCUGAUAGCAACUUGCAGCGCGAUUUCCUGUUGAUGGAAGAUGUGUCGUUGUUUCUAGUGGAUGUCCUUCCACUGCUGCAAUGGAGCUAUGCUGGGGACAACUGGAAGCUGGCCAGGGCGAUACUUUCAGUCAUUGAAGCAAUUUGCGAGGAACCUCGGGCAGUUGUGCGUGCGCAGGCUCGCGUCAAGCAUCGAAAGGGGCCCCGGCUGCCUUGUGAAGAUGCGCUGUGGCCUGCUUUUGACAAUUUUCUGAAACGACACCCAUGGGUGUCGCGCGAAUCUCUGCAACCGAAGUCCAUCGCUCUGGAAAUGUUCGAUUCCCAGCUGUCCUUCUCUGCAUUCCUCAAGAAGCUGAGCCCGCUAGACAAGUCGAAGCGUGUGACUCAACAAGAGGGGCUGUUGCUUCGCUUCCUAUCGCAGGUGCACAAGACCAUGAAACACAACAUUCCGGAUGAAUUCAAAACAGAUGAAGUAUUGGAGAUAGAGGCAUUUCUGCUGGCCACGAUAAAUGCCACUGAUUCAAGUUUGUUGCGUGAGUGGGAGGCGCUCAAGAACCUGGAAACAAUUGACUUCGAACAAGAUCUGCAACUCGGUUCAGAGGCGGUUGUUUCCGCAGAGCACAGUUUCACAGCAACAUCACCAGAGAGCGCAGAUGGUGGCAAUGCUCCCGAAACUGAAACAGAGUUCCGUUUGUUGCAAGCACGGGCUCGGGUGGAAGCUCAGUUGUUUGGGCGACACCUAGCCUUGGGCAAGUGGAAGGAGGCUGCAAAGGCCAUACGCCACGAUACGGCAGAUCUUUGGGAUCAGGAGUCCCUGCGAGCGCGUGUCAUCUCAGGCGGCCGCCGGCCCUUCUGGAAGGAGACAUACAGCAUCCAGAUCGAGCUGGACACGGCCCUGGACGGCUUGCAAGUGUUUGGAGAAAUCUUGGACGAAGAGAACGGUCUGCCUUGGUUGGAGUUUGAAGUUUUGGCGCCCUGGCCUUCCAACAGUUUCGAGGUGCUCCUGCAGUUGCAGUCGCUCGACUAG